ACUCGUGGUAAUAUUAAUGGUGCUAGUAAUACGAUAAUCCCAACAUUAUUAUCGUCCUCUGCUACUACUCUCACACAAUCAAAAGUUUGGAAUUAUUUCACACGCAUACAAGGCAAAACUUCAUUGCAAGCAAAAUGUACAUUAUAUCCAGUUGAUAAAGGUAUUCUUCAAACAAAAUUCUCCACAACCACAACUCUCAAACAAUAUCUGAAACAAAUUCAUGACAUAGAUAUAACAAAUUCGACAAUGAUUAACCCAAAACGAAAAAUAUCAUUAUUAUCAACAAAAGGGAAAAGUCGACUUGAUGGAUUUAUUAAUAACAGCAAUCGUAAAAAAUGGAUGAUCUUUCAAUGA